AUGUCUUCCGUCCCACCGGCACCACCAAGGCCGUUGAGCAUCGCUAUCCUCCUCAACUCGUAUAAGUCGAGAUUCCUGCCCGCGAUACAGGCAUCUUAUGUCAGGACGAUAUCCGCGGUCGCGCCGGACGCCGAGCUCAGUUUCUUCGAGCCCGCCAACAAGGGUGAGUUCCCAGACCCGGCAUCGUUCGAUCUGAUCGUCUUUGGGGGCGCCAACGUCGAUGCGAGGAGGUCCCACCCUUGGAUCUUGAAGCUGCAUGAUUUCCUGCGUGAACUGGUCCUGCGACAUCCUAAUAAGAAGGUGCUUGGUAUCUGCUGGGGUCACCAAACUAUUGCCCGGGUCUUCGGUGGUGAGAUCGCCGACAUGGAUGUACCAGAGAUGGGCGUGACCACGAUCGAGCUCACGGACGCGGGGAGGCAGUUCUUCCCCCACGCCACCAGCAGUGGCGUGCUGUCCAUUCAUCAACAUCACAGGCGCGAAGUCGCCUUGCCAGGGAAGGGCUUUCGGCAACUAGCUUUUGAGAAUCAGGUUCUCAUCAACGAGAAGAAUUCCAUCCUGACUCUGCAGGGGCAUCCUGAGAAGGAUGCACAGACAGCGAGACUGCGGAUGCAUGAUUCAAUGCGGUGGUACGGAUUUGAUGCAUUGGACGAAAAGUCCUGGGCCAAGCUUGAUGCUCAGAUAGAAUCAGAGCAUGAAGGUCAAAUCAUAUGGCAGCGAAUCCUGGAAUGGAUUGAUGAGCCCGUUCUUGGGUCUGGUAUGAGGAUGGGCCGGGAGUUAAAGAUGUGA